AUGUCGUUUUUCGUCGAUAUCGUGACCGAGGAUUCUUUUUACGAGAAUCUCACGUUGGGCGUGGUGAAGAUCCUCGAGAGCUUUCCGUAUGUAAAAAAUGUACGAGUCGAGCGUAGAAACGGAUGUGAGAACACGGCCAUCACCAGUUGGGAACAACGACACUGCUGCGCACUUCCGGAGGAUGUGAGGAACUUCUAUGCAUCUAUCGAUGGCUUUCUGCUACAGUGGAAUCUCGAGAUAGCAGGUGAAGAGUUUCCUGUUGGACGGAUGGAAAUUGGUACUCUAGCGUCGUUAAAGAGAUUUUCAAACAAUCAUCAGACUGGCGAUUUCUCCAAGCAGGAAUUUCACAUCGACAGCCAUAAGUUCGAUUCUGAAGUUACUUCCGGUGGUGUGGCUGUAACUGAUCCCGAAAAUAGUCAUCUUCCACCUGAUCUGUUAGAUAAUGGUCAUGGUUGCAAGAUGUUCGAGAUAGCGAGAUGUUUUCCAGAUAGUGGAUUAUCGAAGGUCUAUCUGGUGUACCGCAUGAAACCGGAAGUGGAGCCGCCGACGCUCUGGUUGCAUCGAGAGGAUGUUAAUCGAUGGUGCCACUUAGCGGAUAACUUUACCGUAUAUUUUCGCAUGAUGCUGGUCCAUCUAGGCUUGCCAUUGUGGCAGUGUUGCGUGGCUGGUUUAUCUCUGCCCACAUGGAUAGAGCAGAUCUAUUUUCUCCUUGGUCCUCAUCUACUUCCUUCUGCUGUCGAACCGACAGAGACCAUCUCUACGUCCAUGUGGAACAAUGGGCCUACGAAUGUCAUCGAUAUGGCCAUUUUCAAGGGACGAGAGAGCAAACAGAAGAAUUCCAGAAAAAAGUGACGUCUU